UUAAUACUUUCAACACUACUAUAUAACAAAUAAUUUGAGACAUGUCAUACGUAAUCAGUGACCCGAUAUGGAGAACUAUACAAGAAAAAGUAAAAGAAGGAAACGUGACUGAAUUGUUGGAUGUUUACACUGUAAACAACUUGGACUACAAUGCUAAAGGUGGGAAUUACAAGAGUACAGUACUUCAUGUAGCAGCAGAAAAAGAUAAACAAGAGAUUGCAGGUUAUCUUAUACAACACGGAGCGGAGGUGGACAUAAAGGACAGUAGUGGGUUAACACCGUUACAUGUAGCUGCACGUAAUAACAGUGUAGAGGUAGCUAAAUUGCUGUUACAACAUGGAGCGGAUGUGAACAUUAAGGACAAGUAUGGGGAAAACCUGUUACGUGAAGCUGCAAGUAAUAACAGUGUAGAGUUUGCUAAAGUGCUGUUAGAACACGGUGCUGAUGUGAACACUAAGAACAGUAGUGGGAGAACACCGUUACAUUAUGCUGAAAGUGAUAACAGUAUAGAGUUAGUUAAAUUGCUGUUAGAACAGGGAGCGGAGGUGAACAUUAAGAACAGUGAUGGGGAAACACCGUUACAUGAUGCUGUACGUGAUAACAGUAUAGAGUUAGUUAAAUUGCUGUUAGAACACGGUGCUGAGGUGAACACUAAGAACAAUGAUGGGGAAACACCGUUACAUGAUGCUGAAAGUGAUAACAGUAUAGAGUUAGUAAAAUUGCUGUUAGAACACGGAGCGGAGGUGAACUUCUAAGCUUUGC